UCUCGUGUUUGUGUUUGUUUUUUGUCUUUCAGAUCCGCAGGUUGCAAGAUUAUCCAUAUCCCCCAGUUUUUUUGGGAACCACUUGUUUUGAGAGUAAACAUCAUGCCGUUUAUUGUUUUGGAGUUUACAAUCCUUGUCGUUUUUAAACCGGUUCAAUUCAGUUUUUUUUUUUCAAACCCGGUUCAGUUUUCGUCCCUGAAAUUAAUCACAGAGGCAGAGAAAAUCGAAAGAACCUGAAUUUAGAGAGUUACGAUUCGACUCAAAGUAGGAAGCUUUGACUCGAAAUCUCGCUGAAGAAGAAGAGGAGAGACGAAAUUGUUGUCUUUAGUUGCCGGCGCCGGGGACGUCUGAACUCCGGUGAACAGAGAAUGGGGAUGCAUUUGGCUGCUCUGUUUUUCAUUAUUACACCACUCUGUGUUUUAUCCUCUGAAGUCCAGCAGAUCGGUUCUAAUCAGAACUUGGUCAAUGAUCUGGACGCAGCUAAGCUCAGAAUACCUCAAUUGGAAGCUGUUCUUGAGGCGACCAUACAGAAGCUGGAUGCUAAGACCCUUUACUUGAAAGAGCGUGAGAAGUUGAUUCAAGUUGCUGAAAGUCAGAUCCAUGAUUUGCAGGCUGCUUCAUACAUUGACAAGAGCGGCUUACCUUUGGUUCAAAAGAGGAUAAGCGAGUUGGAAGAAGAGGUUAAACUCCUAUGGGCUGCCUUGAGAACAACCAACUUUGAGCUUCACGUUUUAGAGGAUAAAGCAAGAGAAGCUAAGGAUAAACUUAAAGCUAAGGCUUUGGAAGUUGAACAGAUGACAGAAGUUGUUACAGAGCAGUGGAUUCAGGUUCAGCAUCUUGAGCAGAUGAGAGAAUUCAAUAACCGAAGGCAUCACACACCUAGCAGAUGCCCGUUCGUGAAGCUCAUGAGCGACAUCCAAAGAAAACAUCUGCCCAAAGUUGAUGAAGCAUUUGACAUUCACUGGAAAGGAAAGAAGGUUCUCUCUGUGCAACCGUAUCUCACACAAGCCCUGUCACAGUUAAAAAGCCUCUGGGCAGCUAUUACCAAAUAUCACCACCAGUUGCAAGGCUUCAUCGAGCAUGAAAUGGAAAGAACCGAGAUCACAGCGGCUCUGGCAAACAGAGAAGUGGUGUUUUUCAUGGCAUCUGCACUGAUUACCUUCCCAGUGUUUGGAGCUUGGAUCUUACUCUCUUCCUAGUUUGGUUUCUGGAUGACAUGAUCAACCGAUGCAUCAGAAAUGUUCAGAUUGGUUUUGCUUCUCAUUGCUCAAGAAAUUGUCUAGUUUUAAGCUUUGAGAUCCGUAGGAGGAUCCUAGUAGGAUCUAUUGCAUCCGUGAACAAACCGAAAAUCCGGUUAAUCAGUGGUUUAAACCAGUUGUUAUGGGGUAAGGUGCACAGUUGUAUCCAAGUUCAAUUGUUGGAGACUGAAUUUUGUUUUUGGAAAAAGAGACAAACCCAAAGAGAUGCAGACAAAGUCAAGUCC